AUGAAGAGUGACCGGUCUCAUGAAGAACCUCCAUACUUCAGUAAUGAACCUGGACCCUCAGACACAAAAGAGAGGAAGAGGAGGGCUUUUUCUGUGGAGGAGCAGCUGUCCUGCUGUUCUUUGUGUCAGGACGUCCUGAAGGAUCCAGUCUCUACCAGCUGUGGACACUGGUUCUGCAGACAGUGCAUCACUUCAUACUGGGACCAGUCUGCUUCAUCAGGAGUCUCCUCCUGUCCCCAGUGUGGAAAAAGAUCCAGAACCAGACCUGGACUGCAGACAGACAGUCAGACCAGCACUGUACAAACAGAAAGUGGUCUGCAGGAGGUUUUAGAUGAACAUCAGAUCAGUCUGAGCAGCACAUGUGAAUGUGUGACUCAAGGAACUGAUGAAGCAGAAACUAAAACCUUCCUCAUCAGCAUCUUCACUGAGGUCCACAUCACAGAGGGACAGAGUGAAGAGGUUAAUACCCAACAUGAGGUGAGGCAGCUUGAAACAGCUUCCAAGAUGAAGACCCUCCAUGACGCUCCAAUCAAGUGUCAGGACAUCUUUAAAGUCUUACCUGACCAACAGGACAGAGUCAGAGUGGUUCUGAUGAACGGCGUCGCUGGCGUUGGAAAAACCUUCUCAGUGCUGAAGUUCACUCUGGACUGGGCACAGCGCUCCAACAACCAAGAUAUCAGUCUGCUGAUUCUGUUCUCGUUCAGGUCGCUGAACUUGAUCAAAGAUGAGCAGUACAGUCUGCUCAUGCUGAUCCGUGUUUUCUAUCCAACAUUACAGAAGCUCACAGCAGAGAAGCUCGCUGUCUGUAAAGUUCUGUUCAUCUUUGACGGCCUGGAUGAAAGCAGACUUUCACUGGAUUUCAACAACAGUGAGGUCGUGUCUGAUGUCACACAGAAGUCAUCAGUCAGCGUGCUGCUGACAAACCUCAUCCAGGGAAAGCUGCUUCCCCGGGCUCUCGUCUGGAUAACUACCCGACCUGCAGCAGCCAAUCAGAUCCCUCCUUCAUGUGUGGACAGGGUAACAGAAGUACGAGGCUUCACUGACCCCCAGAAGGAGGAGUACUUCAGGAGGAGAUUCAGUGAUGAAGAGCAGUCCAGCAGAAUCAUCUCACACAUCAAGACAUCCAGGAGCCUCCACAUCAUGUGUCACAUCCCAGUCUUCUGCUGGAUCACUGCUACAGUUCUGGACCACAUGUUGACUACAGACCAGAGAGGAGAGCUGCCCAAGACCCUGACUGACAUGUACUCACACUUCCUGCUGGUUCAGACAAAGAGGAAGAAGAACAAGUAUGAUGAGGGACAUGAGACGAGUCCACAGGAGCUGACGGAGGCUGACAGGAACCUUCUUCUGAAGCUGGGGAGGCUGGCGUUUGAACAACUGGAGAAAGGAAACAUCAUGUUCUACCAAGAAGACCUGGAGCAGUGUGGUCUUGAUGUCACAGAGGCCUCGGUGUUAUCAGGAGUUUGUACAGAGAUCUUCAAAAGAGAGAGUGUGAUCUUCCAGAAACCAGUCUACUGCUUUGUUCAUCUGAGCGUUCAGGAGUUUCUGGCUGCAGUCUACAUGUACCACUGUUACACCAGCAGGAAGACAAAGGUACUGGAGGACUUCCUGGGUGAAGACUACAGUUACUACAGUUACUACAGUUACUACAGUUACUCAUCUCUGGAUGGCUUCCUGAAGAGAGCCAUGGAGAAAUCUCUCAGAAGUAAAAAUGGCCACCUGGACCUGUUUGUCCGCUUCCUUCAUGGCCUCUCUCUGGAGUCCAACCAGAGUCUCUUAGGAGGCCUGCUGGGUCUGACAGACAACAGUCCAGAAACCAUCCAGAGAGUUAUCAACAACCUGAAGACGAUGAACAGUCGUUAUAUCUCUCCUGACAGAAGCAUCAACAACCUGAAGAAGAUGAACAGUAAGGAUAUCUCUCCUGACAGAAGCAUCAACAUCUUCCACUGUCUGAUGGAGAUGAACGACCGCUCAGUACAUCAGGAGAUCCAAGAGUUCCUGAAGUCAGAGAACAGAUCAGAGAAGAGUCUCUCUGAUAUCCACUGCUCAGCUCUGGCCUACAUGCUACAGAUGUCAGAGGAGCCUCUGGAUGAGUUGGACCUGAAGAAGUACAACACAUCAGAGCAGGGACGACGGAGACUGAUCCCAGCUGUGAGGAACUGCAGAAAGGCUCGACUUACUGACUUUGGACUCUCAAACACUGACUGUGAAGUUGUGACCUCAGCUGUGAAGUCCAACCCUCAUCUGACAGAGCUGCACCUGAGACUCAACAACCUGUUUGAUUCAUCAGAGAAGCUUCUGUCAGCUUCAGCUCUGAAGUACAACUCCUCCCAUCUGACACAUCUGGACCUGAGUAAGAACAAACUGUCUGAUUCAUCAGUGAAGCUUCUGUCUGCUGGACUGAAGAGUCCAAACUGUAGACUGGAGACUCUGAGAUUGUUUGACUGCAGUUUGUCAAAGACCAGCUGUGAUUAUCUGGCCUCAGCUCUGAAGUGCAACCCCUCCCAUCUGAGAUAUCUGAAUCUGUGGGACAACGACCUGAAGGAAUCAGACGUGAAGCAAUGGGAUGAUGACUCUGACUGA